AGCUAUAACAAUUGAUCAUGUCAAAGAGACGAAAAGAAGAACCGCCUAGCCCGGACCCAGAGUCACGUGAUCUCCCAACUUUACUAUCAGGUCGAGAUAAUGCGCUCCCCGACAGCCCCAUUCACUGCAGGUGCCCAAAUCUCAGCCGUUACGAUUCCGGUAUACAUUCAGGGGUGGGGGAAUCCUUGACUGAUUUCGAGCUUUACCUCAACGAAAUCGCAGAGAUACCAGACGACGAGAUGGACGACGUAUUUAACGAAGUGGACGAAGCUGUGCCGAUAAUAAUAGACUCGCUGGGAUCACCCCUAACCGCCAGCUCGCCUAUGCGUCAACCUAGUGAGCCUAACAGACUGGCACCUAUUCCUCACAACUUUAGACGUACCCAUAUACAUGGUAGUUUAACGCCUCAGUCCUACAGUCGGUUGCGACUGCUAUCAGAGGGGAGCAAUGAGGAGUUCCUGGAGCGUCUUAACAGUGGUGUCCUAAGCCACCCUGACAUCCAAGCAGACGUGAUAGCAGCCCGUUUAACGGUGAUAGCGGACCGGCUCAACGACCGUUACUACUCCCGGUCAAACAUGUCACCUGGUGACGACUCUUCACAUGUUCUCAACGAGAUAGCGUCACGUCUUCGCAUCAUCGGCAUCGCCAUGGAUUACCAGUACUUCAGUCAGCCGAGUUUUCUUCAGAACCACCGGCGGAUAUUGGCAGGAUGCUUCCUGGCUGCUAUUGCUACCACCACCAUUCUCUGGCUCAAAUCGUGAGAGGGGUUGAAAGUUAGGAGUACACACGUGCUCAUGCGCGGCGUGCACGUGCUCGUCUCUCAUGCACGUGCACAUCAGACGUUUUCCCAAACCCUUUCACUCAGACUAUCUAUAAAUUAAGUAAAGGUUUUUUUUCUAAUAUUUUUGUAUGAUGUUACCCUAACGCCCGUUACUAAUAUCACCACGUUGUCAGACUUAUUCACUCAAAACUAUUUUGUAAAACAAAUUUAUUUUUUAUUUUAUUUUCUCUCCGCCCUGGUAAGUCUGACAUCGUUUUUCUAAAAGAUUUAAAAUAAUUAAGAGAUCUAAAAGCUGCGCUGUAUUUGGUUGCCCCUGCAUGUUAGCGCUGAAAACCUUCCUAGAACUGGCGUGUUGACCACGUGCUGACCACGUGUUGACCACGUGCUGAUCACGUGUUGACCACGUGUUGACCACGCCUCUUUCCUUACAGAUAGAUAGGGACGAUUGAGAUUUGAGGGGUGUUUUGAAAGGAGGACUGGGUUACUUGUGUUAUUUUUGUAGAAAUCGGAAUAGGGUUAAACACAUUUACGGACUAAUAAUAUACUGGAGUUGUAUAACAAAGACUGAAAUACUUUUCUGUUGAAAUGGUAUCUGUUGUACUCUGCCUGCCUCAUCCAGCAGUUUUAAAGGAAACUUGUUAAUUUCCCUGAGUUUUGACCGAGAAAAAAUUACCGUUUUAAGAACGUAGUGGCUGGAUGCAGCUAGAAAGUCUGAGUUGAGCUAAAAACUGACAAACUAUUAAGUUGUUGUAACGGUUACGAGAUGUCCUAUUUAAGGAUCGAAAAUGUAUUUUAUUGAUAGCUGAACAAGACUUCUUCCAUUUCUGCGAAAUGAAAUCUCGGCUAAUGCUUGACCUGUUGAUAUAUGACGAGUUUUGAAAAUGUGUAGUAAAUUAUUGAUAAUUUUAAAUGAUCUCCCUUUCCUUAAAUAUAUUUUUGAUUGUUUUCUGCUUAAAAUAAAUGUGCGCUAAUAACUUUACAUUCUCGAUAUCCCCGCUACUUUUUGUCUUGAAACUGUCGGGUCUUAGUUAAACCUUACUGGAAAACAUAUAAAAUAGGUGGACUUAUUUUGGAUGAUUUUUGUUUAUUUCUAUACAUUUUUCAAUACAUUAAAUGCAUAUCAUACAAUUAUCAGUUGUAUUUUAUUUCCAGUAAGGUCUAACUCGAAUUGUUGAAUUCUAAAACAACUGUACCAUGAUUGGUCAACUUCAACAUAUUUCAAACUUGGCAAAACAUUUUCAGAUUAAACGCCUGUUCGUUGCUCACAUAGUAAAUAUGUUGAAUUGAUCUCUCAAGCCCACUGGUACAAGCUUUUUUAAAUGUGAGGAUGUAUAUAACUUUUGAUAAGCUAUACUUGAGACAUACUAAUAUUUUAUAGUGUACUACGCAUGUGCAAAGAACAGUAAACAUGUCGCACUGUAACAAGUACAUUUCAAUUCUCAACAGAGAUAACAUAUUAUUAUAUACGUUCUACUAACACUUGAAGAAGAAUAUCCAUUUUUUUCAAAUUAUGUUGUAUAUCCUGACAGUGAUGGUGUUACUACGGGCUCAACCAGCUGUAUUUUACAACUCUAAUUUGGAGCUCAGAAUCGUAUUAUGUAAGCACCUUCAGCAAUCGCAUAAUAAUUUAUCGGGUUAAUGUACAAUAACUUUUGGUAACUUUAGACAUGGGUAAUAGUAAAGUAGGGGGUGACAUUUCUUAAAAGGCCGUAGAAAGCUUUAAAAAGGAUAAAAUAGGAUCGCAAUUUGUUUAUGACAUAUUAUUUGAGGCAUAUCAUGCUUCUUAUCCAAAGAGUUAUUUCCUCUUUAAAGCUAAAAUAUGUAUCACCUCUCCUCCAUUGAAUUACCCACGUCUAUUAAAUCGAGUAAAUGUUGAAUAAUAUCCUUAUUUGGUGAUGACUUUAUCAGUGAAAACUACACUGCAAAACAAAUUCUGUUAGAAUGAAGUACUAUAUUUUCGUCAUAUAGCAUAAAACCAAAGUUAACAGCUUCCCUUAAAUCUUAUUUAACAUUGGUAGUAGAUCAGAUAGAUAAGAUUGUCUUCAACUGCAAGUCAGGGUUAUUAGAUAUUUGGCUCUGAACCGUUUACCACAUUCUGACGAGGUCAGCAUGUAACCAUGUAACCAUGGUAACUUGAUCGUAUUUUAUUUCUUGUAGCUAAUUUAUAUAGGUUCUUGUUAUGAAUAUUCGUUUAUAUAAGUUCCAGGUUGAGAAUUGAAGUGAAAGUUUACUGGCAACCGGUUUACUGGCAACUGGUUUACUGGCAACCGGUUUGCUCUUAAGAUGAGAUGAGGUGACAAUUUCGGAUCUGUAAUGUAAUUUAUCAUUAUAAUCUAUUACUAAAUUAUUAUGCCGUUUCAAAUUAUGUUCAGACGAAGCAUUAAAAAGCUGAUAGAGAAUGUUUGGUAACGCUGGUAACGCUGGUAACGCUGUUUUCCAAAGAAUUUAAAGAAUUUCGUGCAUUCAUGAGAAGUUUCUAUCAGUUUUCUUCAAGUGCCGAAGACUAGAGUAUGUUUCAUAUUGCAACUGUAGCCCAGCAAUGUUUACUAAUUCUAGAUGUUAUUUUCUAUUUAUCACUAUGAUAUUCAUGGCGCGCUUCAUUGUAAACAUGUUUGUUCGAGUGAUUUUAAAAAGUGCGAGAUAUUUGAAAAAUAUGUACACUUAUAUCUGGUGAUUGAUGUUUGUACAUUAUAAUUAUAUUCCCUAACUUAUUUUGUACAAUAGUGAAUAUAUUCGUUUGAUGUUGUGUUUACAUUAUGUGCAUUAUGUCUUUUCAAAAUCUGCAAUACUUUUGCCACUAUUCCUUGCAAUAAGAUGGCCGAUAUUAUUUUCUCCUUUGCUGAAAAUUUUCAUGUUUUAAACAAUAUUUUUCGUCGACCAAUCAUUAGAGUGGAUUUCUAAAUAUACCCUUAAUUUUUGUGCUGCAAGUCCCCAAUAACACAGUUAUGUUUCUGUUAGAAGCAUAUUAGCUUUUGUGCGAGUCAGUUCGACAAUUUGUUUUACUUAGUGACAGUGUGUGCAGGGUUUUUAAUUGACAGUGUGCGGUUCCAUUGAUUGUUUGAUUUCCACA